AUGCCUCCUCGGGUAAAGACGAACCGUAUCCUCUCCUCAAUCUCCCCAUCCCCUUCCUCUUCCACAGUCAUCACAACCUAUAACAUAUCACAAACACCAUGUUCUUCGCGAAGGCAUCUCUCAUCCUCGCGCGUCGCGCAAACGCGGCUACGGGAACAGAUGUUUGACUGGCUGAACGGACCAGGCGCACAGCUUAAAUACCACAUACCCGGAACAACCAAUUAUGUGACACAAUUGCGAAACCGCAGAGGUGGCGAGGAAAGCUCAGAGUCAUCCAGCAGGAGAGAUGAUGCAGACUCAGAGGACAACUCUGGGCCAAAAACGCCUUUUCCUCUUAACCCUCAAUUCAUUUCCGAGCCUAUACUUAGCGAGGAACUUUCCAAUGAGAUCUAUAAGCGAGUUGCUCAGCAGGGAAAGAGUGUGCGAAGUGUUAGUGUUGAAAUGCGCGUGGAUAUGAGGCGAGUGGGCGCUGUGGUGAGGUUGAAGGAGUUGGAGAAACGGAUGAAAAACGAGGGAAAAUCAAUGGCAGUUCCAUACUCUCGGGCUAUUCAUGAGAUGGUUCCGACCACCCCGUUAGCAGAGAGGGGCGAGUCUCAGCCGGUGCAUGAGUCUAUCAAUGACCUCCCGGUCCAUCGCCUGACGGCACCACAAAUAUUCUAUCCUGUCUCUGAAUCGCGCCAGUUCACGCGUGUAGAUGCUGGACGUGUGUUCUCGGCAGCCCCGGCUCUAGAACACGGUGAAGAGGCGAAGGUCAAUGUAGAGACAUUGAUCACACCAGAGACCAGACGUUAUGAAAAGGUUGGCAAGGGUGACGAAGAACAGCAAGUUCUGCUCCCUGCUGAUGCUCGUAUACCACACCCGCAAUUGAUUGCGCUUGAGCGAGACAAGAUAACAGAUUCAAUGGAACGUCGUGAAUACAUGGAACGAUAUCAAGAACGCGUGAAGCAGUCUGACAAACUAGAACAACAACGAAAGAGAAUUGCAAAGGAAAAGGCCGAGAAGCGAUUGACCCGACUUCAGCCGGAGACCUCCAGAUUCGAAUUCCGCUUCAAGGAUGUUGUGGUCAGCAAGGAGACUACAGGUCCAGACGGCCGUGGCCACUUGGCUCCUGGCCAACGAUAUGGCGUGCCGACUUACGACAGGAAGAAGGGCCAGGUCAAGAUUCCCACGAAGGUGGAAGUUUAA